CCUGGUCAUCUCCCCACCAAGUCAUAGAAGCAGGAUGACGGCAGCGAUGCUAGCUAAAACUCCGCCCUUGACUUGCGUCGAGAUCUUUGCCACUGCGUGGGUGUGAGGUGAGGUGGGCUGUCUCAGCGUGAGGAUGGCGCCCGUGCGGCUGGCGGAGGACCUGCCGGCUGACCUCCCCCACUGGGGAGAGGCCAAGGCCAUGGCCACACUCAACAAGUUCCUCACCGACCUGCAGGGCUUUGACAAUCCAUUCCAGGUCACGCACGCCGCCACGACCACCGCCGACACAGCUGGAUGCGAUGCAGCGGACGGAAUGGGUAGACACACCUCAUGUCUGUCGGGAUUGCUUGUGUGUUUGCAGGACCAGGCGCGGCUGUGUCACAAGUACGUCAGGCGGAUGGGUGACCAAGGCAAGGCGGUCAAGUCUGCCAGGCGGAGCCGCGCACCCUCACCGGCACGCAAUUCUCGCGUCAGGGUCAGUCAGGGCAGGCAGGGAGAGAGGCGCCAACCGGGCAAGUGGACAUUUCAUCGGUGUGGCAUAUAUGUCGGUCGGUUCUUUUUGUUCUGCAGGCGCUUCUCGGCAAGUCAUCUGCGUCGAGUCCGUCCUCGUCGAGCAAGCAAUCCCGUCCGCCGCGUGAGAGGCACCACCGCGGGUCGCUGCCGCCCUCCCACCCCUCCCACCUGGCCAGCCCCCACCCCCGCCCCUCAACUGGCCACCCACACUCGUCUCGACUGCGCAGCCGACCCAGCAGCAUCGACACAUCCCGCACCCGUGCCGGCAUCGGGCCCAUCCCCACCACCCCACCUGUGUACCCGGUGCGGCCCGCCGGCGCCGCCCCUGUGCACCCCUCUGGCGCCAUGUCCGUGGGGUCUCUCACGCCGUCUAUGUCGCCAGCGCACUCGCCCAAGGGCAGCAAGGCAUCCAAGCAGCGGCCACUGGUCAAGAACCCCACCACCAGCGCUACAACCAGCACUAACACUAGCACAAGCACAAGCACCAGCAGCUCCGCCACUCGCCCGGUGCGGCAGACGUCCGACAAGGGUCCGCCGCUGCCUUCCCCUUCUCCCCCCGCCACCCCCGCCCCCGUCGCGGGCAGCACCAGCACCAGCACCGUCACCAGCACCUCUCGUUCGCGUGGCGGCAUCACCCGGCCGGCCUACCUCACGAGCCCGCGAGGUCAGAAUGCGAUGGCGGGCAACGCCCCGCCCCCCAGCAGCGAGGAUAAGGCGGCUCGCGCGGUGGGCGGGCCCAGGAGUGGAGGCCAUGCGCGGACCGAUGGCGGUGGUGGUGCAGGAAGGGGUCACGAGGAGAAGAAGAGUGGCCAGCAACAGCAGCAGCAGCAACCGCCGCCGCCGCCGCCGCAGCAGCAGGGCAAGAACGGGGGCAAUGGCAAUAAGUGGGUGCGGCCACUACCUGAGUCAAAGUGAGCAAUCAACAGACAGACAGAUGACACAGCCAGUGAGGACGAGAUACGGAAGAAGUCUGUGCAUCUCUCUCUGUCUGUCUAUGUGUGUGUGUAUGUGUGUGUGUAUCAUUCAGUCGUUGUGACAUCGUGUUGAAGUGGGUGCAGCCUGCGAAUGAGGUUGAGGUGGCUGGCUCAUUCACACAACCACCGUGGAAGAGAUUCCUCAAACUAUCCAAAUGCCCAAGGUCGGUCACUGACGGACAGAGGGAGGGAGGGAGGGAGGGAGGGAGGAGGGCCAGUGGUCGCAGACAUACACAGACAGACAGACAGACACACUCACACAAAUAUCGCCUGCACAUGCUGCUUGCCUUGCGCGACAUCCAUCCAUCCAUAUAUCUAUCCAUCAGGACUGGUGUGUUUUGGUUGGCGUUGCGUGAGGUGCUGCCUGAGUUGGCUGCGGGCAUGUAUCAUUUCAAGUACAUCGUCGACGGCGAAUGGCGAGUCGACGAGGCCAUGCCCCAACAAACGGUGAGCUAGGUAGAAACCGAACAAGAAGUGUAAUGUGGCCCUCUCACUGCUUACUGUUUGUCUUGUCUUUCAGGAUUCUGCGCACAACUGCAACAACGUCUUGGCGGUGCACCCGUCCCUCACACGCAAAUCGCGCCGCAACCUCGACAGCGCCCUCCCGCCCGUCAACAACGGCAGCAGCAACACGUCUGGUGUGCCGCCCCACCCCCCUCCCCCGCCACCCGGCCGUGUGUGCCGCACCCAGUCGCCCUCACCCAUCGCCCGCGGCCCCACACUGUCACUCAUCAACCCACCACCACCCAUGGGCAUGCGCUCGCCGCCACCCGUCACCCCCCUGCCGUCGCCCAUCCCCUCACCUGCACCUGCACCCGCCCCCAACGGCGGGGAGGGCAAUGGGGGUGGGGCCUCUGGCGAUAGGAAGGGCACCGGCGGGCUCUGCCCCAGGCGGCAUCACGACAAUGGGGCCGGCGUGGGCAUGGACAGACCUAAAAUCGACAGUAAGGAAUUAAUGGAUAUGCUAGGUUGGUUGAGGUCCGCCAUGUCUCGGGCUCUGUGUGUGUGUGUGUGUGUGAUUGUGGUGGGUGGUGCAGUAUUGCCCGAGGAUUCGGCGUUCAAGGGCUGCAAGGCGGCAGCUCAGCACAUCCCGGAGGGCCUGCCCCACCCCCACUCCCACAGCAAGGGCCCCCUGGGCGUGUCGGUGAUGGCGGAGCCCGUCACGGUCCGUCCGCUGCAGUGGAUGCUGCCGCACGAUGACGACCUCGGGACCCCCCAGGGCGGCAGCCUGCUGCAGGUGCCCGGCGAGGGCGGGCUGCACAGGGCCUCCAGCGAGAUCGGCAUCAGCCUCAACGCCGACUCGGACUCGCUGCGUCGCGUGGCGAGCAUGUCGCUCAACGUGGCCGGGUGGCCGAUGGAGGUCAUGGAGAACCUCCACCAACCGGAACUCUACCUGGUAAGCCAAGCCGUCGACUUGACGGUGUCUCUCACUGACGGACGCGCGGUUGUCACCUCAUCCACACAUCCAUCCAUCGUUGUCUGUGUGUCCCUCGCGGCUCGGUGUCUGUCUGUGGUGUGUGCAGGAUCUGAAGCUUCCCGCCGUACGAGCGACCACCGGACUGGGACUCAUGGGCGGAGGUCAGUCACACACACACACACACACUCACAACCACUCUUCCUUCUCUUGGUCGAUGGGUUUAUUGCCUCCCUCACUCAGGUUACAUGAUUCCCCAUCCCGAGAAGGCAUCGACGGGCGGCGCUGACGCAUACUUCAUCAGCGGCGACGGCAUCGGCGUGGCAGACGGUGUGGGCGAGUGGGACUCGUUCGGACUCAACCCACGGCUGUUCGCCGAGCAGCUCAUGCGCUCCUGCGAACACUACACACGCAUCAUCACCUUCCCCACGGCCGCGCCGUCACAGCGGGCCAUGAACAUUCUCACUGCCGGUAAGCUAUGCUUGCAAGAGACUUUCACCCAUAGGCACAAAAUGAAAUGCGCCUAAGUGAGUGAGUGGACCUCCUUCCCUUGUGUGUGUGUGUCCGUGCAUCCCACCAUCGUGCAGCGUACGACGACACGACGGCCUUCGGGUCGAGCACAGCGCUGGUUGCCUGUCUGGACGAGCAGGGCCAGCGGCUGGGCAUCGCCAACCUGGGCGACUCCACGUGCCUCAUCCUGCGACGACAGCAGCCAUACGCCAUGUCGCUGGUGCUGCGGACGCGCGAGCAGCAGCACUCGUUCAACUGCCCCUUCCAGCUCUCGCGCCUGCCGCAGCCGGAACACUUCCCAGACCUGCUCAAAGACGGAAAAAUCACUCUCGUCAGGUAGGUAUUCAUUUGCCCCACACCACUGUAGGUUGCCCUUGGUAUAAUGGUGGGCAUGUGAUGGAUGUCUGAGUAUGUGUUGGUUGUUCUGCUGUGUGUGUGUAGGGUUUUGAAGCAGUCGUCGUUGUUGCCGCAGGACACCCCGAGCAUGGCCAAUGGAUACACCGCCACACUGCACGAGGGAGACCUGAUCAUCCUUGGCACCGACGGUAUGAUACAUGUGAUGCGGCAGGCAGGCAGGCAGACAGGCAGACAAACACGGGGGACACUUUGGUUCUGGGUAUCAUGGCUGGCUGGCAGGUGUGUUUGACAAUUUGUUUGACCACGAGGUGUGCAACCUGGCCAAUCUGACUAUGUCGCCCUUCGAGGCAGCCCUGCUCAAGAACCCUUCACUCGUCACGUCGGCAGAGGUAUGUGAUGUGUACCCACACACAUUCACGCACACUCAGCCACACGAGCCGAGCCAGGCAUAUAUACCACACCUGCAGUGCACCUGCAUUGACUGACAUGCGUCCGUCUGUCUGUCUUGUGUGCAGAGUGUGGCUCGUGCGAUAGCUCAUGCGGCAUUUCAUCGCAGCAAGGACCUCAAGGCCAAGUCGCCCUUCGCAAAGAAUGCGCGACAGUCGGGCACCCACUACCAGGGCGGCAAAAUGGACGACAUCACCGUCGUCGCUUGGUACGCAACACCACCAAUGAAUGCGUCAAGGGAUCCACGGUUUGCAAAGCGUCUCUGUGUGAUUUGAUUACAUGCAGCUGGGUGGUGUCUGACACCAACGAGGUGGCCCGUCCCCAGUCGGCCACAAGCCGCAAGAGCGUGAGCACGUGCGCCUCCUCGUCUGACGCCUCCCUCUCACCCCCACAGGCAGAGACCCUCCCACCCGCGACACCCCUCACACUCACCGAAUGCGCUUACUGAGCCGAGCCGAGCCGAGCCGGGGUCUGGUCAGAGUGUGUGUACGUGUGUCCGUGAGAUGGUGCAUGGUGCAUGUGUGCGUGUGUGUACAUGAAACACUCUUUGUCGCGGGGGCGAGUUGACCAGAGGGGGAGAGAGAGGGAGGGGGGGAGACGGGAUGGGAUGCCGCGGUGAUUUGCGGCCUUGCCUCGUCUGGUCUGGUCUGGCCUUGCCUGGGUGGGAUGCGGUGGCGCGUGCGCUGAAGCAGACAAGAAAGGCCAGGCCGAUUGCACCCAGUGCAAUGGACUCUUUUGCUGCCUGCCUGCCUGCCUGCCACACCGACGGAUGGAUGGAUGGAUUGACCAGCGGAGUGUUUCACCCGAAUUUUUCGCAUCAACCACCACUAUCGGCCACCGACUGUCUAUGAAGAAGCAAUCUAGUUGGGCCAGCCAGGGAAGAAGACAAGGAAGCUGCAGCCUGCCCUGCCCUGCCCGCCCAUCUGGCCUGCCUGCCUGCCUUGGUGCUUGGUGUGUAUGUCUUGUGUUGUGUUGUGCUGUGUUGCUGCUGCAGCAAUCGAACGAACGAACAGAGGCUGGCCGUUUUUGACAGCUCGGGGGCGGGGGCGGGUGAUCAGACAGAUCAGGGUGGGCAGGCGGGUGGGCGGGUGCUCUCCUCUCUCUUUCUCUGGUGGGGUGGGUGCGGUGCGCGGUGCAUGGGCGGCUCGGUUCGGUGUGUCAGGCUGUCUGUCUACUCUACAUGCUCUUCCUUUCCUUCGCUGUUUAUCUUGAUGUUGCCUGCUUCUCUUUCUUAUCGCCACUCCUUCAUUUGCCUGCCUGCCUGCUUUCGUGUCUGCCUGCCUGUCUGCCUGGUUGCCCCGGUGGACACAGAGAAAGACGUGAGGGCCACCGACCGACAGAGAAACAAGAUACAGACCAGACACGUGAGGCGACCACAUGCUGGUCGUGGUGGGGUUUGGGAUUGGAGGGAGGGAGGGAGGGAGGGAUGCGCUGCAUACAUAGGUUUUUGUCAACGACGCUUUUUUUCCUCUGACUGGCUGGCUGGCCUGCUUGCUUUCAAGGGCUGUUUUUGCCGCGGGGGGUGGGGGGGGAGUACGUAUGUGGGUGAGGCAGGUAGGUAAAGAGGUGUUCAUGUGUGGCUGGCUGGCUGGUGGUGCUGUGUUAUGUUAUGUCGUUGUGUUGCGGACGGACGGCACGGGAUUUUGGCUUUAUCUAUCUGCUGAUUUAUCGAUGUGUUACCACUACGCACCCGCCCAGCCGUUUCCACGAGGGAGGGACGGAGGGAGGGAGGGAGGGAGGGAUGGAAACACAAGCAGACAGACAGACAGGGAGGCAGAGAGAGGGAGAGACAGAGUGAGAGGUGAUUUUUCCAACUUGCUACUACUUGCUAUGCUGACCAGGCCGGCCGGCCAGCCGUGUGAGGUAACCGGCCGGCCGACUGACCGACCGACAGUGUUUGAGUCGGCAAGCGGGCCUGGCGGCUUCGUUCGUUCUAUCUAGCUAUCUUUCUGUAUGUGAUGCGAUUUUGUGACUCGUUCUUUACACACAUACAUACAUACAGACGUACUCGCGUAGAUACAAAGAUACUCUCUCGCUUGGUCUGUUUGCCUGUCUGUCUGUCUGUCUUGGCGACGGGGGGCGGGAGGCGGGCGGCAUACAUCUUUUUUGGUUGUGGUGUGGUGUGGUGUGGCUGUCUGUGAUGUGGCUGGCUGCUGGCGGGCUGAUGCGAUGCGAUGCGAUGCCCUCAUGUCUGUCUGUCUGUCUGUCCCCUUGUCUGUCCAUGUGUGUAUGUCCGCGUAGGUGCGUGCGUACUCUGGUUGGUCGUUUUGGUGCGUACGUACUCUGGUUGGUCGUUUUGGUGCGUACGGUACCGUACAGACAGACGAGCAUGGCAUGGGCACGGGAGGCAGAGGAGAGGGAGAGGCGGGAGGUCGAGAGGGCGGUCGCCUCGUCGUCGCGUGUGUGCAUGUAUGUAUGUAUGUUAUGUCGGUGUGUUGCGUGAGGUGAGGUGAGAGUGUCGUCUGUCUGUCUGUCUGUCUCACUCGCUCUUUAUAAGGCAAGCUUAGCUUGGCAUGACUGUCGAUCCGACGGAUCGACGUGUGUAGACGGAUGGGACGGUAUGCUAUGCGGUGUCGGCGGUGUGGUGUGGUGUGGUGUCAAGUCGUGUGGUGUGGUGUUUGCUUGGUGGAGUGGAGUGGGUUGUUGGAUGGGAUGGCUGUUCAUGUGUAUGUAUGUCACAGACAGAGAGGCAGGCAGCUGGACACAGGAACGAACGGAGAGGGAGGGAGGAUGGAGAGAUCCUGUGUGCUUAUACAUACAGACAGUGACCGAGAGCAGUGGGGCAAGAGAGAGGGGAGGGGGCGGGAGGGGGCGGGGCGAGCGCAACACCAGCACAAAGACAGACACCAGGUUGCAUACAUUUCUGUAUGUACCAAGUGGAUGGAUGGAUGGAUCUCGAUGCGUGAAUCCAUGUAGACCUAUAUAGUGGAUGGAUGGAUGGGUGGAUGGGCAUUGAUGUAUGUAAGUAUGUGUGUGAUGUAUGCGUGUGUACGUGUCGUACGUGUGUGUCACUCACCUCACAACAUGAUAUGUAUGGAGUCAGUUCGGUCCACAAAGGGGUGGGUUGGCGGCUGAUCGACAGAACGAUCUCGAUGUGUCCAUGCAUUCCAUUCACUGUCACCAUUCAUCCUUCAUUCCAAUUACUCGUGCGUGCCUGUUCACCAUUACUCCCGUGCUAUGAUGCCAUGCCAUGCCAUCCCAGACUGCGUGCGUGUCUUGUUGUCUUUUGUUCAACCCUCAUCUGCCUGCCUGCCUGCCUGCCUGCCUACCUGGUGUAAUUUUGUUCCCGUGUGUUGUGGAAACGUUGUGGAAACGUAGUGGUAUUUGUUAUGUGCUGCCAGCGGUGGAGUGGGGUCGGUGUGGACAGACAAGAGAUCCCCAGCCAGCCAGCCAGCCCUGUCGAUGGUCUCUUCCCCGCAUGAGAGUGGCUUGGUGCGGCAUCAUGUUCGUCAUACUCACGCCGAGGCGCAAUGCCGAGAAUUGCGCCUCUCCGUGAGGGAGUUGUGCUUGAUAGCCGGCAAGACACGUACGUCGUGCUGCAUACAAAUGAGUGAAUGAUUGAUGGGGACAGACAGUGGUGCUGCAUGGGUGGAUGGAGGCAGGCAGACAUGCCCGGUCGGUCGGUCGGUCGGUCGGUCGGAACUGACUCGUUUUUCUUCCGGCCGGGGGCCACACACAUACAAGCCACACCAUCCAUCUCGAUCUCAUCCAUCCAUCUCGAUCUCAUCCAUCCACCCAUCGAUGUCCUAUGCCUUCUACUGUGUUUUGAUUCAAGAUAGAUCGGCUCCAGUCAGUCAGACAUCCCACCCGCUGGUUUGAAAUGUGCGUAUGCAUGUGUGUGUGUGUGUGUGUGCAUCCAUUCAUCGCACCCACCCGCCAUGCCAUGGACACUCAUACAUGUUAUUGGGAUUUUUCUCCCCUCCGUCUCUUAAGACACUCAUCUAUUGCAAUCUCUCCACCACAUCCAUCCAUCCAUCCAUAUAUCCAUCCCCCAGCCACACGCAUACACGCCACCCCUCGGGCAUUUUUCUUUCGACUUUUUUCUUUUCUGCCUGCCUGCCUGCCUGUCUGUCUGUCUGCCUCCGUGGCCUUUUGGUGUGGAUGCACUCACUGCAUGGCGCGGGGGGGUCGGUCUUUUGUAAUUCGUCGCAAACUCGCCCGCCUCGCCAGUACACUCACUCCCCUGCAGACAGACUGCUACUAACCUUCUAGCUCUUACCUCACCUCUCCCGUCUGUAAUGUAUUUUUCGGUCCGUCCGUCGCCAGACAAGACAAGACAUCUACAAUGUGUGUUUCGUGCCUUGCCUUGCUAGCUAAGCUGUUCGCGACCCUCCCUCCCUCCACACCCCAGCACUCGCUCUAACCCUUUCGUCUCCUCCCUCCCUGCCUGCCUGCCUGCCUGCCUGCCUGGAUGUGUGUGCGUACUGAUUGACCUUGGUUGGUACCGUGUGUGUGCCCCCGUAUGUCCGUCCGUCCGUGCUGUGUCGUGUCCUGUCGUGUCGCCGCCCCUUCUUGCUCACUCCCUCCCCGAGUGUCGCUUUCUCCCGUGCCUGCCUGCCUGCCUGCCUUGGGUGUCGUUCGUGCGUCUUAGUGUGUGCCGUGUCGUGUCGUGUGUGAUGUGAUUGAUGUGUGGCGUGGCGCUUUGGCUGCUGGAUGCUUGUGGUUGUGUGAGUGUGUCAGCUGCCCGCCUGCCUGCCAUGUGUGUGUGUGUGAGAGACCUAUUGGCCAGCAAUCCCUCAUUGAAUCAGUGACGGAGCGCAA